UGUCCAUCUCAGCCCGCGCAACAAUGAUUCUCCCCGGCAAAACUGCCAUCUCUCGUGGCAUCAUCCUCAACCUCACAAACCCCACCCUCCAAAUCCAACCCUGCGGCAUCGACCUCAGUCUCCGCAAAAUAUUUUCCUGGACAUCAGCCGGCACCGUCGAUUUCAGCAAUCAAUUUCGCGCGGGAAGUAGAAAAGAGCAGCUCGAAUUCACCGGAACCAGAACCAGCAGCACCAGCAGCAGCAGCAGCCCCAAGACCAAAUCUAUCCACCUCAGCGCGGGAAAUUACAUGGUGGAAUUCCACGAAGAGGUGAAUAUGCCCUUGGAUAUUAUGGGUCAGAUUUUUGUGCGGAGUUCACUGUGGAGGAUGGGAGCGCUUUUGAGUGCUGGAGUGAUGGAUAGUGGAUAUCAAGGCGCUGUAGGCGGAUUACUACAAGUCCUCAAUCCUCAUGGAAUUGUUUUACAUGAACAUGCGAGAUUGGCGCAAAUGGUGUUUCAUGUCAUGGCGGAAAAGGUCGAAGGAGGGGGAUAUAGUGGGGUGUAUCAGGGUGCGAAGGGGCUUUAGAAGAAGAAGGAGAACUGGUCAUCAGCUACGCGCGGCGGCCGAC